CUUUUUUUUAAAUAAAAUUAAGUAAUUAAGACUGAACAAAAAUUGCAUUUAAAAAAUACUUUAUAAUUUUCAUUUAAGCAAAAUAUAUACUUUAUUUACGAAACAAUUUAAGGAUGAUGUCUAAAAUUCAUCGCUUCAAUUCCAUGAUACUACCUCGUUUACCUCCUGCAUUCAGCACGGCUUCAGGAACCGCUGUCAAACCGAAGACUGCUAUAGUCAUGCUCAAUAUGGGUGGGCCGGAGACCACGGACCAGGUCGGUGACUAUCUUCACAGGAUAAUGACAGACAGAGACAUGAUCCAGCUGCCGGUGCAGAGUAAACUGGGACCGUGGAUAGCCAGUAGAAGGACCGAGGAAGUCAAGAAGAAGUAUUCGGAGAUUGGUGGAGGAUCACCCAUAUUGAAAUGGACAAAUAGUCAAGGUAGUUUAUUAACGCAGGCCUUAGAUCAGAUGCUCCCAGAGUCAGCCCCUCACAAGCACUACGUGGCGUUUAGAUACGUUCCUCCGUUCACGGAAGACGCCUUCAGGGAGGUGGAAAGCGACGGAGCGGACAGAGUUAUCAUAUUCUCGCAGUAUCCUCAGUACAGCUGCGCGACGACUGGUUCUAGUCUGAACGCGAUCGCGGAUUUCUAUAAGAACAGGACGACACCGGCAAACGUAAAGUUUAGUUUGAUAGAACGCUGGGCGUCCCACAAGCUGUUGGCGAAGGUCUUCUCAGAGAGGAUCAAGGAGAAACUGGACAAAUUCGAUGAGAAGAUCAGGGAUGACGUAUUGAUACUCUUCACGGCGCAUAGUCUGCCUUUGAAGGCCGUAUCGAGAGGCGACACGUAUCCUCAUGAGGUGGCCUCCACCGUGUCGAGGACCAUGGAGGAGCUCGGCGGCCGGAAUCCGCACCGGCUCGUCUGGCAGUCCAAGGUGGGCCCCCUGCCCUGGCUCCAGCCCUACACCGACGACGCGAUCAAGUUGUACGCGAAGCAAGGAGUCAAGCAUCUGAUCCUGGUGCCAGUGGCCUUCGUCAACGAACACAUCGAGACCCUGCACGAGCUGGACAUCGAGUAUUGCGACGAGGUAGCCAAGGAGGCCGGGAUCCUCCAGAUCGAGAGGGCGGAGGCUCCGAACGUGCACCCGACGUUCAUCGCGGCGCUGGCGGACGUCGUCGCGGGCCACAUCAGCAACGGACCGAGGAUCUCGAAGCAGUUCCUGACCAGAUGUCCGCAUUGCGUGAGUCAGAGAUGUCUCGCGUCGAAAGAGUUCUUCAAGAGAUUGUGUGGCGCCGAUCAGAACGUGGAUAAAAUAGGAUCUUAAUUAUAGGAAUGGCGUAUGAGCAGAAAAUAGCAUUUAAAUGUAUAAGCGUGGGUGAAUAAUGGCGAUGUAGAACGUGAAUGAACUGGUGUAAUAAAAAUCAAACCCGUAAAAUUAUAAUUUGCGUAAUUACUGGUGGUAGGACCUCUUGUGAGUGAAUCUGCCGUGAAGCAGUUUGAA